CAUCCUGUACAGUCAUCGGGAGAUGCGUGGGAUUUGACUAAUCGUGUCAGCCUCAUGCCGUCGCAAGCACUCCCCAAAGAGGUUCGCAAAUACUGUGCAGACCGGAUUCCAGAUACGUCCUCGCCUCGUGUCAUCCUCAAGGCUGCCUAUUCUGUCGUAGAAAAGGAGGUGAAGUAUGACCUGCACUGCUUAUCGAUCCUCAUCCUCCUUUUGCGCCAUGACUUCGACUGAGCAACCUUCUGUCGCUCAGUACCCAUUUGAUAAUGCGGACUCAAGCUCAGAUGUUAUCUUCCGAACAUCCGACAACAUCGACUACUACCUCCAUAAGCUCAUUCUCAAAUUUGCUUCGCCAGUGUUCGCAGACAUGUUCAAUGUUGCCCAGCCAGUGUCUGCCGUUGGAGACCCGGAGAAUUCAUCUCAUGGUCUUCCUGUCAUCCUGAUAACUGAGAAAAGCCGAACCCUCGACUGUUUGUUGAGGAUGUGCUAUCCGGUUCCGGAGACAGAAGAGGACUCUUUAGCAGAGGUAGAGAUACUUUUGAAGGCUGCUCUAAAGUAUCAGGUCGAGAAAGCUGUCCUUCAUACGAACCGAAGAUUGGUUACAUUCACCUCGAGGGAGCCUCUUUCGGUCUUCGCCAUCGCAUGCCGAUUAAAUCAGGAGCAGGUUGCCUGCGUCGCUGCACAAGCAUGGAAGCAAAAAUACAAGACGAUCACUACACAACGCGACCAAUCUUUCCCUACCCGGGGUAGCACGCCUACUAAGUGUACUAUCACGAGCUGGGGGUUGGUGACGGCAUGCGAUGACGGUUGUCUCAAAUCAGACUUCUCCCAGACUGCUGCAGGAGCCACCUAUAAUGAAGCUCUACAUACAACUACAGCAGGGCAAUUCUAUCGGCUGCUGCGAUACCUUGAAGACGGCCCAAUGGAGUUCUGCUGCUCGACUUGUAAAACCCAACCUCAGGACUUGAAUGACGUCGCGGUGACUGAUCUACUCAGCUCAUAUCCAUUCAGCAUUCCUGAUUCCGACUUCGUCAUUCGCUCCAGGGAUGGCAUAGAAAUCCCAGUGCACAAAUUGAUACUCUCCAUCGCUUCAGCGCAUACCAUACUCGGUGAAGCUCCAGAAGGGCAUACCGAGAAUGGUUCCCCAAUUGUUCGUCUUGACCAGGAUGGCGAAGUUCUCGCCACCCUGGUCCGAUCAUGCUAUCCAUUUGGGGACGAGGAGAUCACGGAGGAUACCUGUGGCGUUAGUCUAGCGGCUUCGGUACGGAGAACUGCCGAGACGUAUGAGAUGCACAGAGUUGCACAGGCAGCAAAGUAUCUCAUGAUCGGGCAUACAGAGAUGCGUCCUCUUCAGGUAUACUUCGCGGCUUCCCGCUAUGGUUGGAAAGAGGAAGUUGAUCUCGCUGCCCAAUGCUGCUUGAGUUUACGAUCCCUUGAUGCAGCCGAUAGUUAUGUCAGUGAAAUGGAGCAUGUUUCAUCUGACAUCUACUACCAGUUGCUGAAGCGACACCAUUCGGCGGGCAUGAAUAGCGCCAUUUCAGAGCCAGUUCCUGUUGCGCCUAUCACUGGCAACCGGAAGAAGAACUUGAAGAAGAAGGGGAGGAGGUAAAAUAAUGAUUCCAGUAUGUCGAGGGUGAUGGACUUGGGCUGUAAGGCAAGCUGUCAUGACAGCACCGGAUUCGAUGAAUAUGGCUGCGACGAAACAUAGUGCUUUCCAUACACAGGUCCCAUUACCCGUUAUACCGGCCCCCCGACUGGCCCACAUUCGCUCGACAAUCAGAGAAGUCAAAUGAUAUUAACCGCCAGUGUCGUAAGAAUGAAUACAGUCUUCAUGAAGUUACUCGCCAAAGGAGCGUUUGAGCCUGGAGGAUCGAUCAUGAGUAAUCCCGAAGGUGUAAAGUUCAGAGCUAAAAAAACCUGUAACUAUAGUGAGUUAUUUGUGAGUCAUUGUCAGAUAUCAGACCAACCGG